AUGGCGUCCAAACCGACAAUGUCUCUCCUGUCAGCGGUGCGCUGGGCGCAACCACCUCAGCUUCCUCGUUCGCCGCCAUCAUUCACCAUGCAGCGUGUCUUCCGAGCAUAUUCAACAAGCACGGAGGACGCUCCUCCGCCUUUCUUGCAGAAGCUCAAGGGGGAUCUGAAAACUGCCAUGCGGGCCAAGGACGCCCCACGACUCUCCGUCUUGAGAUCAAUCAUGUCUGCCAACCUCAAUGCCUCCAAGACCUCCAGCCCGAUUCGCACCGACGUGCAACUCGUUGCCCUGAUACGACGCAUUCAAAAGAACGCCCAAGAUGCUGCUGCGGACGCCAAAGCUGCAGGGCGAGAGGACCUCGUCGAGAAGGAAAAUGUUCAGAUUCGUAUACUGGAUGACUACCUGGCUGGCAGUGGUGUCCAGACAUUGGGAGAGGCUGAACUGAAGGCCCUGAUACAAGAAGCCAUUGAUGCUUCCAAGGGCGCCGGAACUGCAGCCAAGUCGCUAAUGGGUGACGUGAUGAAGCGAAUAUCUGGCAGCUUGGAGGGCAAGGAUGUGGACAGGAAAGCUGUUGCGAACAUGGUCAAGGAGUUAUCUGGUCAAUGA